ACAUGAUAGAUAAAAGACAUAGUAUGUAUAUACCUAUUGAAUUAAGAAAAGAAUCUUUGGUACUUUUGAAAAAUAGAACUUUAUCCACGAUACAACAAAACUUAUUUGUGUCGUAAAAUGAUUUUACAAAAACGUGUUAAAUAUCAUUCUUACUCAUGAAAGGACAUUAAAAUUAUAUUGAAAUUACAUGGUCCUGACAUUUAAAGACAGAUCUUAAGAAAAAAUUAUCUAAAGCGCACUGAAAAGCGUUCUUACGUUUCUUAUUACGUAUUAAAAAUAUUUGUUCGUCAAGCAACAAUGCGGACUAAAUUCUGAGAGAGAAAGUAAAAUAUUUUUACUGAAAUUCAAAGUGAAUAUAAAUUAUGAUAUUUGAUUCCGACAUCAUACGUUUAGGUACAUUAAAAUAAGUUUUAAAGUUUUGAUAAGUAAAAGGUGAAAAGAGCAAAAAGAAAAAAAAAAGAAACUGAUAUGGGAAAACGUAUGGAAUUUUCAGCUUAUAUAUGGAUAUAUGUUUGUUUAACCAUAUUUCUUCUUGUAUGUCGAACAAAUGCAACGUGCACAUGGCCAUCAGUAUUUGACGGUACUACAUGGCUCGACAGUCAACAAGGAGAGAUUGUCUUCACGUCAUCCACGUUAAGUGGAUUUUCCAUACCAAUAUACGGCACUACUUUGAGCAAUUACGAAUGCGUUGAGGAGACCUUUGAUACGGAUAAAAUCAUACUUAUAAGAUCAACAUCAUCUGCUAACAGUAUUGGCGGUAUAUGGUACACGUAUAUCUGUUUGAAGUUCACUGAACUGACAGCUGGAGUGUCUUAUACAUAUUACCGUCUGAACCCUCAACAGCAGGAUGCCGGUGAGUAUAGGACGAAACCGGUACUUGACGGUGAUACCGGGACCAUUGCAAGUGUUUGCGACGAAGCUACAGGCGCCAGUGGGGCAGAGUUUGUUACUAUUAUUAAACAAGGUUCAGAAGCCUCUGCAUACAUCACUUGUCCUUCUGUGAUACUUGGAAGAUUCGACUUUGAUUACACCGACUCUGCUGGUACCGAGUCUUGCAACGACGCCAGUAAUACUGAGCACAUGAACGUGUGCACGGACAAAACACAACUGGCAUUCGAUGACCCUUGUUCAGGACAAUCUAUUGUCUAUGCAAGUGGCAGUGUGCACUGUGUAGCGACUUCGACGGUUGGUUCAGAUACUUACAUACAACUUUAUAAUCCACAAGCUACUGCUCAUGAAGUCAGCAGCACUAUAUACAGGUUCUCGUGUAUGGCUAUAUCAUCAAAUAGUCUCAGUGCAACUAUAGUGUACAAUAACUGUACCAACCAUCAGACAUCUUUGUAUGUUCCGCGGAGUCAUGACGGGACUGUGAUAGGAGCUAGCAUCUCGUUCUUGCCCUAUGGUAAGAUUUUAUUGUAUAAAUGA